UUGCAGGAAGAAGAAGAAGAAACAGAAGCGAGCCAGAAAACAAGAAGGAAGCGAUGGGCUUUCCAGUUGGCUACAACGAUCUCAUCUUCCCCAAGCUCUUCCUCCACGCGCUUUCCCUUCUCGCUUUCCUCAGAAACUUCGUCUUCUCUCUCUCUAGAUCUCUGGGUUUCCGCCAUUUUCCCCAUCCCGACGUCGAUAGCUUGCCGGCUCGACCCGGCGGCGAUCCCGCGGCGCUGAUUCGGGAUCUCCUGCCGGUCCUGAAGUUCUCGGAGGUGGAGGACCCGCCGGAGAGCUGCGCGGUGUGCCUGUACGAGUUCGAAGGCGGCGAUGAGGUGCGGAGGCUGCCCAACUGCCGCCACAUCUUCCACCGGAGCUGCCUGGAUCCGUGGAUGGACCACCUCCGCUGGACCUGCCCGCUCUGUCGGACCCAGUUAUUGCCCGGCGAUUUGCAGGCGGCGUUCGACGAGAGACUCUCACCGGCCUCCUGGAUCUCCGGCUUUCACGGCGAGUACUCGCCGGUAACUUCUUCUGGUUUUUGAGUGGUCCAUGGAAAUGGUUGGUAUUAUAUUACAAUGAAAAAGAAGUUUAGAAAAUAACAUUUUGUAUAAUUAUUAAUUAUAAGCUCAAAACAACUUUCAAAUGCACCUUUUAAUUUUAGUGAUAAGGAAAAAAAAGCCAAAAAUAAUGUUU